AUGUUUGAGAAUAUUACUAGUAGUAGAUAUAAUAGCAAUAAUAAGAAUAGAAGAAUUACUAGUAGUAGUAGUAGUAGUAGUAGUAGUAGUAGUAGUAGUAGUAGUAGUAGUAGUAGUAGUAGUAGUAGUAGUAGUAGUAGUAGUAGUAGUAGUAGUAGUAGUAGUAGUAGUAGUAGUAGUAGUAGUAGUAGUAGUAGUAGUAGUAGUAGUAGUAGUAGUAGUAGUAGUAGUAGUAGUAGUAGUAGUAGUAGUAGUAGUAGUAGUAGUAGUAGUAGUAGUAGUAGUAGUAGUAGUAGUAGUAGUAGUAGUAGUAGUAGUAGUAGUAGUAGUAGUAGUAGUAGUAGUAGUAGUAGUAGUAGUAGUAGUAGUAGUAGUAGUAGUAGUAGUAGUAGUAGUAGUAGUAGUAGUAGUAGUAGUAGUAGUAGUAGUAGUAGUAGUAGUAGUAGUAGUAGUAGUAGUAGUAGUAGUAGUAGUAGUAGUAGUAGUAGUGGUCAAUAUUUAAUGCCAAAGUCGAUAUCAACAUAA